AUGGCUCGACCUCUGAUGUCGGCUCCUUCCUCCGACAACGUCAUUUUUUCAAAAAGUGCUCCGGGAAUCCUCCAGUACUUUUGCUGUGCUAUCGAAGUCGAAAGGUUUUUGAAAAUGUUUGUUGACGGUUGUUUGAGCUAAAGAUACACUGAUCACAGGGAACUCACAAGUUCAAGACUAACUAACCAGGAAAUGGUCUCAGCUCCCAGUGAGACUUCUGACUGGGCACCCUAGAUGUAAUUUUUUAUGCGGGUUCCAAAAGGUUAGAUCAAAAAAGGAGUGAUUUAGCCACGAUAUUCCUUGAGAGUCUCCAUCUUCCGCUUUUUCAAUGGGCCGGCUCGAUCUAUAUAUUUUCCUACUAUUUCCCUUAUUUCUUUGGCUAUUCAAAUUAAUCAAUUAUCGUAUUUCUCCAGCACUGAUAUUUUUACAGAACUUAAUUUUAUCUAAAAAGCUCAAGUUUUUGAAAUAAAAAAAUUCGUUUCAGAGCGUUUUUUGUUCCUUUUUGAGUGCGAAUUUGGAUUCUACGUCCUGAACAAUGCAUAUUGCACCCUUAUUUUGUGCAUAAAAGCAAAUCCGCGCGCGAAUUAGAAUAAGAAAAAAAUAAUGUACUCAUAAAAUAAAAAACGUUCUCAGCAAAUGGGCGGAGCUUUGCGGUCCCUAAGAUAAUCUAACAUAUAUUCACUUCGUUUAUGUAAGCAGUUAUAUAGUUUUUUCGAAAGUGAUUUCUAUGGUUUUGGGAGGAACAUAAGACUCCAUGAAAAACAAUCUGGAGGCGAACUUUUCAGUGAUUUCCAGAUGAAGAUACUUCCGCCUUUACAAUCUCUAGCAAGGUACUUUCAAAAGACUCUUUGUAGGUGAGGUUAAAAUAAAUUUAUUUUUGUUUUUUUGCCUCUCCAAUACUGAAGAUUUCAAAUUUUCGAAAAACUCAGAAAAAAAAGUUUUCAUCUUUUUAAUUUAAUAUGGAAUGUGACGCUAGUGACACUUCAAACCUGCUUUUUUUAUAUACUUUUCUUCGUGGAUUCCAGCGAUAACGCUUGGAAAUCUCUUCUUGUAUAAAACUCACGAUCCUUCAUAGGGCACAAAUGUUUUCGUUUGCUCGCAGAGCUGCUCAUUUCCUUUGCGAAAGUGAUAUUGACGUUGCAGAGAUUAUCUGCGGCUCCGAAUCGCAGAGCAAGUCGUUGCCGAGGCGCCCACUCACUUCCACAACCAUCAAAAUGGUUCUUUUUUCCCAUUUUCUUUCAAAUUUGACAGUUUGUGUGUGUAGUUCGUCCUUAACUAGACUAACAUGACGUUGAUUGGAUCUUAAUGGUUCUAGUUCGAUUAUGAAUAUUAAAUUGGAAAAAAAGACUUAGCUAUGCACUUUCAGUCCAAUCCCUAGACGAUGCAGUGUUCGGCAGAGCGCGAAUCAUCAGUUUGGACGCUGCUUAUGAAAAGUGCCACAUUUCCCUUGACAAGCUUCCGAAUUACUCUGCCAAAUUCCAAUUUUCCUUGGUUCUCUAUUUGAACUUUCUGCGCAUUUACUUGCAUCUUUUACUUGAUUUUCACUUUUCUUUAAGAUUUAAAGAAGAAAGAACUUGAAAAAUAGCUGUGAACCCUCGGCUGCAUCCGAGGGGAAAAGGAAUAAUCUAUAAGACUUGCGUCGGAUUAUCUUCUCAAAUUCUCUUGUGAUACGUCCUAACAGAAAGGCUACUAUUUCAUCAAUAUUGCUAUAGCUUGGAUUUUGAUAUGAAAAACUUGGAAAAAAGGUUGAAUAACAUCGGAAAAAAACGCUUUAAAGAAUCUUCGGAGAUUUUUUUGAAAUCUUGAUAAAAAGCACUCGUUUAGAAGAUUUUUUUAUAUCACAUAUUUCGCAUUAAAAAUAAAGUGUUUUGGUGAGUUUUUUUCUCUGAAUUCCCACUUGAAGAAGCUUUUCUCGUUAGAGAAAGAGCAACAUUGAAAACUAAUAAGUUUUUGAGAAGAGCUUUUUUGACGAACUUUCUCCUGUUCUUUGCACUAUUUCUUCUUGAAAGAAAUAUGUCUCGUACGAAAUUACAGGCGAUAAAAGAUUAGCCGUCGACUGACGUAGUUUCUAUGAUUUCUUCAUCUCAUCCGAAUUCAGUCUUGCUUGGAUGAAUUUCAGAGAUUUUUCGAAUUGAGGUUCUCUAGCUCAUUAUUUUUUUUACUGAAAUAAUAGUAACAAAACUUCGAAAAUGAUUUCAACGUGUUCUUCAAGAAUCGUUUACAUGGAAGUUUUUUUUUUGCCUCUAACUCUCUUUCUUCUUGAAGUUUCACACCAAUAAGUCUCAAAUAAGCUUAUUGAGCCCGAAACCGAAUGAAAUCAGUGCGAAUAUUUUUCCCUUCGAGCGGGAUUAGCUCUCGCGCACUUUCACCACAUUUUGUUUGCCCCAAAACGGAUUUCCUUGUUUUUCUUUCUCUUAAAUUUCUACUUUUGAGCCUUUUUCAAACUUCAAAAAUAGUCGCAAGUUUGCUUAAUAUCUAGUUUUUUUGAUGCUAUUUUAAAAUUUUCCUUUUUAUAAUUUUUUUUUUGUCUAAUCUUCACUCUUCCAUGCGGAAUUCGUAGGCAAGGAGAUAUACUGACGAGUGAGUAAGGCUUGAGAAAAGAUUUGAACAAACAAGGUUUUAUUUUCAUUCUGUGGAGAAAACGUCUUUUUUUCAAAUGAUAUGAAUUCCGCUGAAAACAAUCUUUAUUUUUUUUUUAAAGGUUUAUUUUAUCUAAAUAAACAUCUGUUUGUAGACGUUCGUGAGCUUCAAAGAACUCAAUUUGGUUUUAGAAAAAAAAUACUCUAAUACAUGAAGAGAAUAACUGCAAUUUGGCUAAUCUCGUUGUUUCAUUGAACUAAUGUUUGUUAAGUAAAACAGUUUUUUUUAUUUAGAAACAGUUAGAAAGAAGCUUUUGAUGGAAACUUCCAGAAGUCAUGUUGAAACCGACGUGAGGAAGAAUCGCAGCCGCGAUGCACAUGGACUCGGUUUCGCUUCUUCUGCCACAGCAGCAGAACAAACCGCUCAGUCAGGUGACCACAGCGGAAAAAGUUGGGAGGUUACCUUGAAUGCUGGCAGGAAGACUUUGACAGCCGCUACAACUACGUGCGUUACCGGAAGAAGAAAACGAACAAGGAGGUCCUGCGACGCACUUUCAUCGGCGACUACUGGCGCCAUUACUCGAGUCGCGUCAACCUUCUGCCUGUCGUCGCCUGGGUCCCCAGGUUGGCUGCAAGUUCAGAUAAAUUGAUUAGAUGUAAAAUGAAGAAAAAUUGUUAUAGGCUUAAGGGUAUUGAUAUCUCAGAAAUGCAGUUUCUUUAGAAAUAGAAGUUUUCUUCCGGCCCGAUCUACUUUCCGAAUAUAACUGCUUUCAGAUUAUAGUUUUUUAACAUUUCAUCUAUUUGCAGAUAUAACUUCAAGACAUCACUAUUGAAAGACUCGCUUGGAUCUCUAUUACUAGCUCUUUUAUUCAUCCCUCAAGGUGCGACUAACCGUACCUUCACAAAGAUACUGUUAAUGUCUAGGAAUCGCCUACGGCGUCGUGAUAAACGACCUGCGAGCCGGGAUUUUCUCUUUGUUCCUGCCGCAGCUUCUCUACACGUUGUUCGGCUCCGCAAGGCAUUCAUCCAUAGGUAUAGUCUAUUCAGAAUGGCUUCCAAGACUCAUAUAAUAUCAUAACAAAGAUCCUCGUUCUUAUUGGAAAAUCAGAAUUUUUUUUGUUUGAAGUAAAACACCACUUCGAAAUCAUUCAGUUUGUCAAAUUUUCAGGCGCUUUAUCUCUGACCUCGAUAAUGGUUUACUCGAGUCUCCAACAUUCCAAAUCCACGAUUUCUUCAAUCGCUUUGAGCUGUGGCGUGUUCCAGGUGAGUCCAGGUUGAUUAUUUCGAUACUCAAUCGCUUCCAGUUCUUGCAAUUCAUGCUGCCAUUGGAAUUCUUGUACGCCUACAUUUCGAGCAGCGUUCUUUCGGGUUUUUCCUUGGGUCUUUUCAUUCGGAUCGUCAUACGAUUCACGCCCAACUUUAUCGUCUUCCGAGGCGAAGACUGCGAGAAAAUGCUCAACAAGGUAGAACUUUAAAAAAUCUAUUAUACUAUAGAAAAAAUUCGAAUUUUCGAAAUCGAGACCCUAAUUUUAUCGAUGAAAUUGAGAACGACCGCGUGAAGCGAGUGCUGCAAUGUUUCUACGCGACAGUCCCCUGUUUGCGGUCCAACGAAACGCUUCUGAUGAUAAUGACUCUGGCGACGGUUUUCGUCUUCGCAGCCUUCAAAUGGCGUCUCAACGGCGUCAUCUCUUCUCGUGUCGGCUUCUCCAUUCCCUACGAGUUCAUCGUGGUUUGCUGCGAACAGCUCCGUCCUUCUCUAUUCCGAGAUUCCAGUUGCUCAUUUGUGCAGUAACGUCGCACUUCAUCAAGUUCGCCCCACCGACAACGACAAACGUGACGAGCAUUCCAGCUGAGAUUUUGUUCAGGUGAAUUUUACAUCUGAAGACGUGGACCUUUUUUGCUGGGUUCAGAGCCCCUUCUCCAGAUUGGCCAGACGCUCCUUCGUGGAGCACGGCUCUCGACUCUCUGGCCAUCUCGAUGUACGCCGUCGCCUCGCACGUCCACAUGUCCAAGUGGAUCGCCAUGGAAAAGAUGCACACUAUCCACCGCAAGCAGGUUGAUCAACGUCGUCGCUCUUCAGUAAGCCUUGUAGGAACUGCUUUGCUUCUCGAUCAUCUCCUUGGCCGCGUCGUUCUUCGGCGUUCUGCCGCCGUCGAGCAGCUACGGAAGCAGCCAGAUCAACGUGGAGACUUCCAAGUUUUCAUUGGUUCUGGAUUGAAAAAAGUUUCUUAUCGAAAAUGAAUUUCAGGUGAGUAAUGCGUUGUCGACUGUUUGGAUGGCACUGAUUAUCUGUUUUGGCGCGCCACUUCUCGGCUACGUUUCUUUGGUUUCGUAACUUUACAGGUUCCGAAAUCACCCGAAGUUUCAGAUGCAAUGCAUUCUGAGUGCCAUGGUUGUUUUGUCUUUCAGCGGCUGGAUUUCCGAUCUAAAAACUUUGCGAGAGCUUUUUUGUUCCUCGCCGUGGGACGCGGUUUGAGAUUUUCUUCCCGAAAAAACAUGAAGGGCUGAGUUUUAGGCGUUGGCCUUGUCAGGCAUCCUUUGCGCCGUCUUCUUUCCGAACACUUGCACGGCGUUCCUGUGCGUCUUGUUCAUCUCCAUUUUCAGCGUCGCUCUCCGUGUCCAGUGGUACUUGCCCUCACUAUUUCAUUCAGUUGGAACUUCUCGUUUGCAGGCCCAACUUCCAAACUCUGGUCAAGUUGUCGGAUGCCCAUUUUGGCGAAGAGAAGAGGUAGUUUUGAAACAUUUUUGAAUGAUCAUUGCUUAAAAACUACUUCGAAGAAUUAAGGCCAAAUACGAUCUAUCCAGUAUUUGAUAGAGAAGGUUGAAUCUUCAAGUUGUCACUUAAGGUAUGAGGGAGACUGUCUGGACACGCCGGUGAGGAUCGUCCGUCUUUGUGGGCCGCUCAUUUAUGCCAAUUGCGAAGCAUUGCGUCGCGAACUCCGAAACCAAGCUGUCGCUGUGAAGGGGUUUUUGUUGCCGUGUUUCUCUAAAUGAAGAGUUUAUUUUUUCGGAGCUCUCCCAAAGUUAAAAUUGAGCUAUUAUUUUUAGAGUAGCAGGAUAAUUUUCUUUUAAAAAGAGUAACUUUUGAAAUGAAGCUUUUUCAUUCUGUUUAAAAUUUCCUUUUUUAGGUUAAUAAAAGGGAAAAACUUUACGAAAGUUUGAUGGACAUUAAACUUCAAACUUUCUAUUUUUCAAGGAAUCAUUUUCAGUUUGAUCGGAAUUGGAAUCGGAACAAGAACGGCGUCGUUGCGAAGCCAAUGUCCGUCAAAUGCUGGUCCCAGGGUUGGGAGUGAAUUUCAGUUGAAACUCACUUUUUUUUUCUUGAAUUCUCAGGAAAGCGUCGCCGCGAGAAGCUCCGUCAAUCUGACCAACAUCAUUGUCACGCAAGAUUUCGAUUUACCGCAGGUGGGCUUCUCCUUAAAACUUCAGUUCUUUUCAAUUUCUGGUCUUUUUAGCGUUUUUAGUUUCUAAAAAUUGAUGUAUAGAAAAUGUUUCGUUGUUCCGCGUUUAGGCUCCCCCAGGCGACAGUCUGCACUCGAUUCGUUUCAUUAUCUUGUCAUGCAAUGGGGUCAACACUGUCGAUAAGGACGCAUUGCAGACUUUGAGUCAGGUUUGAGAAUUUCCGCAGAUGCGAUGGAAAGUUCUCUUUUUCAGCUCUAUGGGGAACUCAGCCAUCAACACAUCAAGCUCAUAUUCGCCGGCGUCCCAGGUAUUUUCGAAUGAAACUUCAACUACUGAAUUAUUUGAGCGACGGUCCGCGACUCGAUGGAAGUUCUUGGUUUCUACAACCAGGUGCCGCGUAGCAGUUUCUUCCCGAACCUGCAGGAAGCUCUUUCCACCGCCCGACAUCUCGUUCUGCCCUUCCAUAUGAGGUUCCUCUUGUUCUUUUCGAAAUUCCAUGCAUUUCUUGAGGAAAAUUUUUUUCAUUCGGUUGCCUAAGGGCGUAUCCCAGUCAAAUUCUUAUUUUGGUUUCAAAAAGACCUCAGUAAAGACGUGCUUCAAAGCUACUUAACUUUUUCAAUAAACACGUUUCAAACUGGAACAAAAAAGGUUCAGCGUUUCAAUGAACGGUUGUCGUGACGUCAUCGCCCUAUCGACGACGGCGUCGAACAUGGAGCUGAACCGGGCCUCACCUGAGAUCGUCUGA